AUGAUCAUUGUACUGUUUCACGUGCUUUAUCUGUUCGGCAAAUUCGUGUAUCAAAAUUACCGAACAAAUAAGCGAAAGGCCUUAAACGAUGACGCUGUUAUCGAGGAAAAACAAUUCAAGAUUUCUGAAAGGGAUUAUAAGCUACGAGAUCCUGAGGCACCUCAGGAUAUCGAAAAACAUGUUGUAAGAUUUUUCCCGCCGGCGUAUAUACAAAGAUAUGUUGCUGUAAGCGAUUUACUUAGUAGGUCGAAAUACCAAGGAAAAUUACGCAAGAUUGUUGAUUUUGGUUGUGCAGAACUUGAUUUUUUCGUUUACCUAAAGAAUACAGCCGGUGUGGAGGAAGUAUUAUGUGUGGAUAUUGAUAGAAGGCUUUUAGAAUCUUACAAAGACAAGAGUGCUCCAUUAGUUUCUGAAUAUAUACAAAGCAGGACAACACCACUUGUAGUUGAAGUAUGCGAGGGUAGUGUCACUCAUAAUGAUAAGAAACUAGAGAAAACAGAUGCUGUGAUUUGCAUAGAAUUGAUCGAGCAUUUGUAUCCAGAUACCUUGACAGAUCUUCCGCACAAUAUUUUUGGAUAUAUCAAACCAAAAUUGGCAAUAAUAACUACUCCAAAUGCAGACUUCAAUGUGCUAUUUCCAAAUUUUUCUGGAUUUAGACAUCCUGAUCAUAAGUUUGAAUGGACUAGGCAACAAUUUCAAGAUUGGGCUGAAAAUGUCACACUGAGAUAUUCAGACUAUAAAGUAAGAUUUGAGGGGAUUUGUAAAGGUCCAGAAGGUACAGAGCACUUGGGAUGUUGCACACAAAUGGCUCUGUUUGAACGCGUUAGCGAUGAAAACGUUUGUAGCUGUGGCAUUGAAGGGUUAUUUAAAACUGUAGUUAGACAUGAAUACCCCUUUCGGGUAGAUAAUCGUUCGGACGAAGAGAAGAUUCUUGAUGAAGCUGCAUUUUACAUUAGACACUUGUCGUAUAAAGAUUGCGAUAUGGAGGAAGAAGUGCCGUUACAAAAACUAUUGGAUAUGUUAAAAUCGUUUCACAUUUCUAUAAAUGUAUUACAAACAAUCUUAGAGGAAGCCGGCUGGGUGGUUGAAAAUCGGGAAUCUGGACCAGUCGUACUAGUGCCAUCGGAAUCUUUUUCUGAUUAUAGUGCGGUGGAAAAUGAGCUUUGGAAUGACAACUUUCCCACAGAUGAAGAUGACUGGAAUAGAGAACCUGGACCACCUGUACAUUCCAUCAGAUUUUUAGAACAAAAUUCUUUAGACAAUUGGGACGAUCAACAUUGGGAUGAAGAACCAAGCAUUAUUAUCCCACAAAAUAACACUACUCUUGAAGACAAUACUUAUCCCUUUGAUGAAGAAAAUGUUUUAUUAGAUAACGUAUCUGAAACGAGAGAGGGUACAGAAAUUUUAGAAGAAUACAACUCUGAUAUUAGCAAUAAGGAAAAUUUACAGGCAAUAUCUAACAUAAAUAAUCUCGACGAUUCGAUUCAGGAUAACGCUUCGUCAUUCUUAAACGAAUCAACACAAUUAUCUGUUUCUUCUUUUAAUACAAAAUCAGAAGAUACGAAGGAAGACGCGUUUUCGGGAAUAACAUUGAGCUCGCAAGACGACAAUGUGUCAAGCACCGCAGACAACCUCAACGAGAUAUUAAGUUUUCCGAGGUUCAUAUCUGUUUCGCGUGCAUCCACCUCACCGCAACCGUAUCUUUUACAAUCUGUUAAAAUGGACCGGCAUUUCGGAAACGACAGUAUGUGUAAUCAAAGCAUGAGUAGUCACUGGAUGUUAGACAGUUCAAUCGAACAGGAAAAUGUAUCGAUAAACACAACUACGGACGCAAGUAUUGACAAAUGCAGUAAAAAAAAUAAUUUUAACAAUUGUAGUCAUUUACAUACGAUAUAUUUAAACAAAUCAUGCAAUGAAACCGAGGAGGAGGACUCUGAUGUUACAAGUUUAAGUAGUAAUAUAAAUGAAAGUACAAGUUCUUUUAGUCAAGAUCAAAUGCAAAGUGUUCAACAAAAUAGUAACGUUUCAACAAAUGAUUUUCCACUACGAGAUCAAUUACAGUCAAACAGUAGCAUAUCCCUCGCUAAUAGCGCUCUAAUAGAAAGUCAACCGCAGUUUACAAGUUCGCCAAAGGUCGAGACUAAAGUAAGUGCUGUUGGGAAAAAACGCAGGUCCCUCGACUAUAAAGAAGAGAGAAGCAAUAGCAAUUCGUCGAAUAUAACGCAACAAUCUGAACUAAUAAGCCUUAGUGAUAAUCCUUCGUUAGAAAGUAGUAAUAAUGCGUUAUUGCAAAGCACUAACGACGCGAACAUAUCCACUGCAACAACUGUUAAUUUAAGCACAAUGAAAGAUUGGACGAGAAAUUUUAGCGAAGUUACGCUUACAAGUAGCGAUACGACGUCGACACUAGGUUCUACACUAAACGACGAUAGAAAGACGGUAGAAAUACUUGCUGCAACAAGUUCUUUAAGUAGCGACGAUAGCUUGGAAAAGAAUGAAAUGUUACACGUUAAUGUUACAACAAUUAACAAAGACAAAUGGUCAAGUUGUACUACGGAAAAAUCAGGAAGGGAACAAACAAAGCCUGAUACGAUAAAAACAAACGAUAAAGAAGCACUUGAUUGUGAUAGAAAAAUUCCCUUAAGCAAUCAGCCAUUAACGAUUGAAUCAGAGUCAAAGACUGAUCUAAAAUCUGAAUUAUAUAAUGUUCGUGAUUUAGCAAGCGCCAAAAAUGUACAUAGCACUGAAUCGUCUCGUAAUCGUACCAAAGACAGUAGCUUAAAAAAUAUAUCCCUUGUAUCUAGCCUACAUUUCGAGGAUACAAGGGACGUUCAAUUCACGUCAGUAUUAAAAAGUGAGAAACAAUUAGAGUGUGACGUAGAAAAUGGCGAAUCCAAAUGUAGAAAUACAGAUUUUAGUGUGGUAGCGGUAGUAGAAAAUAUCGAAUUGAAACUUUCCUCUCCAGAAACUGUGGAAACACCGCCGACCAGUUGGUCACCGGAAGUGAUGGAUUCUGGAUAUCCAAACUCCGCUUCCGCUCAGGACAUGACCCCGGAGUAUGAUCUCUCGAGUAUAGCGCAAGAUCAUAUAUCUGACUCGGAAUCGCCAAGUGUAGCGGAAGCACCAAGACUUCUCGAGGUGAUCGCCGUUGAAAAUGGUGAUCUUGCGAACAAUAAUAGAGACGGCGAAGGUAACAACAUGGAGGCCGCGGAAUUAAAUGACAUAGAAGACUUGCAGCCGUUGAUUGAUGUACUUGAAAAUGACCUUGAAAAUGAGAAUGAUAUUUACGUUGUAGAGAAUGAUUUUCCUAUAUGGUUGUUGAGGAUACUUAAUAUGGCCAACCCUAUUGACGUUGGAAUACACAUGCAGGACCAUAGAGAGCUUAGGUUUCCAAAUGAAGAAGCAGAUGACGAUGCAGCAAGGUACGUGAAUAUGGAACACGACGAAGGUUUCGACAGUAGUUCCGAGGAAAAUAGCGAUUUAGAAAACAACGAGAUGAGAGAUAAUGUAAAUGAAAACGCGUUAAUGAAUGAUGAUGUUGAAAACGAUGAGAACAGCGAUAGCGGAAGUGAACAGUGGGCUGCAGGUGGCACGUGA